GGUGAGCAUAAUAAAGCAAAAAUAUGUUAUCAACAAAAAAUCAACAACAACAAGAUUAUCAUAUUCUCCACAUGUCUCCAACGACAAACAAAUCGACUGCUCGAACACACACACACUUUUGCACAUAGACGACAAUAGUUUGGAGCGCCACAUGCGAACAAGUGUACGCCUAUUCAGUCAGUACUCAGUGUUCGACAAGUGUAGAGCGUAAAAAUACAAAGUUCAUAUUAUCACAAAAAUAAUAUUCAAUUAGCGGCAGAAAAAUGUCUAGAGUCGUGAAAAAAUUGAUUAGCACCGCCAAUGCCGCAAAGCCGGUGGCACCAUACAAUCAGGCUGUCGUUGCCGAUCGCACUGUCUAUGUAUCCGGUUGCUUAGGCCUGGACAAAGACACGCUGCAACUGGUGCCGGGCGGCGUUACGCAACAAACGGAGGUGGCCUUGAAGAACUUGGUGGCCGUCUUGGAAGCUGCCGGCUCGAGGGUGGAUAAUGUGGUCAAGAACACUAUAUUCGUAAAGGAUCUGAAUGACUUUGGCGCUGUAAAUGAUGCAUACAAAAAAGGUGUGUUCACACGUUUUUCUCCAAAAACUUCCCCGCCCGCAGCUGUGUACAAGUAGCUCGUCUGCCUCUCGAUGCUUUGGUCGAGAUUGAGAGCAUCGCUUUGAUCGGUGAUGUCGUUAUUGAGUCUUAAUUUUUAAAUGCGUUACAAAUUAAUUUUUUUUUAAAAAAUUAUCUCUUUUGUACAACGAAUUUAAUAAAUACAAUAUUUCUGGUAUUUUUUUGUCUAUAUUGUUGUUUUACCUUUUCAGAUGUGGAUCCAAUUCAAUGUUCCCAUUUAUGACGACUUUCGGCUUAGUUGAGAUAAUAAUAUACAAUUUAUGAUGUGCUAAUACGAUUAAACUAAUAAAAAAAUUAUUAAUUAUUUUUACUUUAA